UUUGCAUUCCCGUUCGCAAACGUACCCUUCGUCGUCGAAUUUCUUGAGCUUUUAAAUCAUGACUACGCCCACAGAACGUGCUACAAAUGCGUAUGACUUCGUCAUUUUUGGCGCCACAGGUUUCACAGCUGGCUUCGUCCUCGAAGAAAUAGCUCAGCACGUUCGACUUCCACCUGACUUUACGUGGGCCCUUGCAGGACGAAAUGAGCAGUCACUUUUGAAGAUUGCGGAGAAGUACUCGAGCAACAGUAGUGUGCCUCAACCGGAUAUAAUCAUUGCGGAUGUGAAGACGGAGAAGGGACUAUUGGAGAUGGCACGUUCAGCGAAACUCGUACUGAACUGUGUCGGCCCGUAUCGAUAUCUUGGAGAGCCUGUCGUCAGAGCAUGCAUCGAAGGGCGUGCGGACUACCUGGAUUUGUGCGGUGAACCAGAGUUCAUUGAGCGAAUGUCGUUAGAGUACCAUGAGAAAGCCGUGGAGGCCGGCGUCACAAUUUUGCAUGCAGCCGCAUUUGACUCCGUUCCAUGUGAUCUAGGUGUCCUUGAGAUGAAGCGAGCUUUGCUAGAGCGAGGUGCCACUCCCUCGUCCAUCGAGGCUUUCUUCCGCGUGAACACCGAGUCGUCUUUUGCCAUCCACUAUGCAACAUAUGAAGCCGCUGUCCUCGGGUUUGGCAGCGGUGGCACGGAACUUGGUCGUAUCAGGAAAGCACUUGCCAAAGUGCGGCCGAAACCUUCUGCUAUUGGAUCUUUCAAGGCCAAAUUUGGAGCCUUAGGCGUGAAGAAAGAUCCUAGGACCGAAGGGUGGAUCAUCCGAUACUUCUUCGCAGAUCCUUCUGUCGUCCGACUAUCACAAUCUCUCGACAUUCACGUUGGAGGCUCUUCUGUACUUCCGCCCGUCCACUUCGCGGCAUAUCUCGUUAUCCAGUCGACUUGGGCCCUUGCUUUGUUGGUUUUCUACUUCACGAUAUUCCAGUUCCUGACCGGCAGAGCGUGGGGCAGAAAUCUGCUCUUGAAGUAUCCGAAGGUCUUCACUGCGGGAUUAGCGUCGAAAGAAGGCCCAACCUCGGCGCAACUUGCCGGAGCCUCGUUCACAGAAACAUUUUAUGCCAAAGGUUACUCGAACACAUCCUCCAUAACUGGUCCACCUGAUGUAACACUUGUCGGACGUAUCACCGGACCUGAACCAGGUUAUGUUGCGACGCCUAAACUUUUUGUCAAGUGCGCCUUGACUAUGCUGCGUUCGCGGAAUGGGCAUCGAAUGAUCAACGGUGUGUUGACGCCCGCGGUGCUGUUCAGAGAUGUGAGACUCUUGGAUGAGAUGAAAGCGGAGGGUUGGCUGGGGUGGAACGUGGUGGAUGGUUGAUCAUAUUGCUGGUUAUGAUAUAGGAUUCGAGAAACUGAUGCGUCCUUUAUGCUCUCGAUUGUCUUGGAACUCAGUAGUCUCCAGAUCCCAUCCGAAGUCUCCCGGACAAUUCUUGGGUUUUCAGCUCGUGGCGGGCGGGGUGUGAAUUCGGGCAACCUGAUGACCAUGAUGCCGAUGUCGAUUCCCAACUGGCGCACAUCCG